CAUCCACCUCGUCUUCAUCCUCAUUCCUACGUGCACACCCAGGUUUGUUUCUCCCGGAGCUCACCACCGCCAUUCGAGCACGAGCCUCGUCCCUUGUCUCGGAUAUCUCCAGAUCGUCCUUCCACCGCAACGCCAACAUUAAUACCAAGAACACCAAUGGCUACAAUCCAGAUACCCCAACGCCACUCUUGUCGAUUCGCUCGCACUCAUACUCGUCCAAUUCGCCGCCCUCGCCUUCGUCAGCUACCCACGAUACCCAGUCAUUACAAAGGAGUGACAACAGCAGUGGUAGUAGAAAAAGUCAACGGAUUAUCAGCAAUCAAUCUGUACAUGUUCGACUUCUGCGACUGAUUUGGAUGGUUGCAUUGUUUGUGGGCGAACAUGGGAGCUACUGGGCGAUGGUUCGGCGAUGUGCUUGGCCAGAGAACUCAUCAUGGGGCACAAGCGAUGAAGCCAUACGUGAACGAUACAGGGUCGCAAUCGUUGCAGACCCUCAGCUCACGGACUGGAUGUCCUAUCACCAAUCAGGACUCCUCUUAGCACUGGUGGAGACCUACACGGAUAUCUAUAUGAAACGCAGUUUCCAUCGGAUGCAUGCUUCUCUUCGACCCGACGCCGUGCUGUUUCUGGGCGAUCUGAACGAUGGAGGCAGGAACUCGCGCGGAGAGGUUUUCGAAAAGAACAGGAAUCGAUUCUUUGAGAGGGUAUUCGAGACUAAAUCGACAGCUUGGAACCAGCGCCCGCUUGUUAUAGAUCCCUUUGCCGCCACCGAAGAGAGACAACCAGAUGACAGUCGUGAAGAAGGGGAGGAGAGCGCCAGAGGUAUAGGACAUUAUCACCAAUUGGUCGAUGUGCCAUUGGAUUCGGCAGAACGUGAGGCGAUGAGGAACGCAGGAAGGAGCGUCAGAUUAUAUGUGGCAGGGAACCAUGAUGUUGGAUUUGGAGACACCCUUAUUCGAUCAUCCAUGGUCCGGUUCAAGCAGGUCUUUGGUGCUGUCAAUUACGAGAUCGAGGUCGGCAACCACUCGUUGGUCGUGUUGGACACUUUGUCGCUGAGCUCCGAUAUCCAGGACAUCCGAGAAGAAUCACAGCAGUUUUUGAAGCACAUAGAUAAAGAAAGACCGACUCUUCCAAGGAUCUUGUUCACGCAUGUCCCGCUCUUUCGCCUCGACACUACCUACUGCGGUGAUGCUCGCGAGACUGAGCAACUCAUUCUUAACCGCAAGGGCGAACAGUACCAAAAUAUGGUCAACAUCACCCUCUCUCGUGAGAUUCUCCGCAGUAUCCAGCCAGACAUGGUAUUUAGCGGGGAUGACCACGACUGGUGCGAGAUAGCGCAUUCUUUGGAUGGCACUCUUACGCCUGAGGUGACACUUCCGACAUUCAGCUUCGCACAGGGAAUUCUGCAGCCUGGAUUUGUGAUGCUCUCGCUUUACAACCCUGAUCACAAGGCGAAAAAUGUGCUUCCAAUGGUCUCCACGACGUCUGGACUGCCUAUUUCCACAGAAGAGAAUGCAGGAAGUGUGGCAAACCCUUCAGAGAACACAACGUUUGUAUAUGAAGAGUGCAUGCUUCCGAACCAGAUGUUGAUUUAUCUGUGCUAUGGCGUGCUCUUAGGUUGUUCAUUGAGCUGGAUCCUGAUGCAGCGACUCCGAUGGAUGGUGCGCGGGCGACGGCACCUCGCAGAACGAUCAAUCCUGGUGCGUUGGAGGAAUUCGUCAUCCUCUCCUCCUUCGGGCAUGGAUUCCGCUCCUCAAGGAUCUACGACCGCGACUGCGAUCCCUUCACAGCUUCAGGCGCAGGCACAACAGGACCGGUGUUAUGAUGAUUAUGUGGGCGGAUCCUCAGAUGGAUAUUUGUCAAGGCAGGAUGCGGUUUUCUUUGACAGUGCAGGGGGCAAGCAUAGCAAGAUUGUCUGGCCCUUGUUAUCGAGUAUAUACUGGAAGAUGGCUGGAUGGGACUUGUGGAACAUAGUGCGUUAUGUGAUUCCUUUUUACAUCUUUCUCUUCGUCGCUAGCAUAAUCUGAAUGCCCUAUAGCUUAUCGUCUCCACUUUCGUCUAUCGCGUGCCGUUUUUUCUUUACCUAUCCCUUUUUAAUGUGUAAAUAGUACGCCUCCUAAUAAUUCUCCUGUUCACACGGAAAAGUAUAAUGCAAAUGCUUUCUCGUCAUUGGUUCGGAAGGUUAUACGCUUUUUCAACCCACAGGAAAUAGAAAAAAGAUGAGCAACUCUUGGUGUCU